AGAGAGAGAGAGAGAGAGAGAGAGAGAGAGAGAGAGAGACGUUGAGCAGUACCAACUUUAACUUGAAAUCAAAUCCACCUUUCUUCUUUCGAAAAUCAUGUGUUAAGGGCAACGUCUAGUAUGGAAAGUUCAGCUGAGAAGAGCGAGAGAAAAGAUGGGUAUGAAUCUUGUGCUGCAAACGGUAGCGGAAGUGACUCCCUAACCGAUUCAGCGGCUGAGUGCAGAGACAGCAGCACAAGUUCUAGCAGCAGAUCCAGCUCUGACGCUUCUCUGGGUCCAUUGGGUUGGCCUAUAAGGAAGGCCCGUGUGGUGAAAAGCUCGAUUUCAGAUGUAUCUCUAGGGGAAAUCAAAUCCCAUAAGGAUGAUUCCAAGUUGAAGAAACUGGGUCCGAAAAUUUCAGAAAUUGACAUGAUGAAGGAGAGGUUUGCAAAGUUGUUGCUUGGUGAAGACAUGUCUGGGAGUGGUAAAGGGGUUUGCACAGCGUUGGCCAUCUCCAAUGCCAUUACCAAUCUCUGUGCUACUGUUUUUGGUCAACUCUGGAGAUUGGAGCCGUUGCCUUUGGAAAAGAAAUCUAUGUGGCAAAGAGAGAUGGAAUGGCUUCUUUGUGUUAGCGAUCACAUCGUUGAGUUAAUACCUGCUUGGCAAACAUUUCCAGACGGAAGUAAGCUUGAGAUAAUGACUUGCAGACCGCGUUCAGACAUUUUCAUCAACCUCCCAGCUCUCCGUAAACUAGAUAAUAUGCUCCUUGAGAUAUUAGACAGCUUUAGCAAUACGGAGUUUUGGUAUGUUGAUCAAGGGGUUAUAGCCCCAGAAACCACCGAUGGUUCAGCCUCUUUCCGCAAGUCUACUCAGCGGCAGGAAGAGAAAUGGUGGCUGCCUGUGCCUCGGGUCCCUCCUGGCGGUCUCCUUGAAGAUACAAAAAAGCAGUUGAAUCACAAGCGCGAAUGUGCAAAUCAAAUACUAAAAGCUGCCAUGUCCAUCAACAACAUAGCUUUAGCGGAAAUGGAAGUUCCUGAAUCAUACUUGGAAGCUCUUCCAAAGAAUGGGAGAGCUUGUUUAGGAGAUGUUAUUUACCGGUACAUCACCUCAGACCAAUUCUCAUCAGACUGCUUGCUUGAUUGCCUUGACCUGUCCUCUGAACAUGUUGCUUUGGAGAUUGCAAACCGUGUGGAGGCAUCAAUUCACGUAUGGCAUAAACGAAUUCAAACAAAACCCACGGCUAAUCCAAACCGGUCUGCUGCAAAAUCUUCUUGGGAGAUGGUCAAGGAUCUAAUGGUUGUUGGAGAUAAGAGGGCAUUGCUUGCAGAAAGAGCUGAAAGCCUUCUUCUUUGCUUGAAACAGCGUUUCCCUGGUCUAACCCAGACCUCCUUGGACACCAGCAAGAUACAGUGCAACAAGGAUGUAGGAAAAUCGAUCCUGGAGAGCUACUCGAGAGUUUUGGAAAGCCUGGCGUAUAAUAUUGUUGCGCGUAUUGAUGAUCUGCUAUACGUGGACGACAUAUCGAGACACUCUGAUAAUAAGCUCUCUUCGGCUCCUACGGUUAGUGUGAUUGCUCACAAGAGAGUUACAGUCCCACAUUCAGCGCCUGUCUCAGGCACCCCGUAUGCAACAGCUUUUUCCUCACCAAAACCUUCGCCUGCACCAUCGAUUGGACCUGGAACAAGGGGAGAGCGAACACCAUUUCCUAGUGGCAACAGCAACAAGCCUCCUCGUCAUGGCUUUGGGGUGAAAAGAGCUCUGACAAAUUAUUUUGGGGGUGAAGCGAAAGUCAAGAACUUUGCGAAUCAAACAGAAGGGUUGGUUUUAGUUCCAAACAAACACGAUGAAGCACGUCCAUCUCAAACUGGUGUGGAAGGUUCAGAGCAUCAAAAGGAGCCAUCAGCUCACAAGGGAAAAGAGAACAGAAACAUGUCCAGCUAGAAAAAAGUUCGUCGUAAAAGCUUCUUGCUGAUUACUGAUUGUAUGGUUAUACUGAUUAGGGAAAAUGAGAAUUUUACUUAGGAUGCGUGAUUUUCCGGUUUCUUGUUAGCUGUGUGUAUGUUGUUCAAAUGGGAGUAGAAAAUGUACUUUGGAUAUGUAGUUGUACUUCAGGGGCUAAAUAGUAGUAAUAGACACUUGAUUGUUCAAUUGCUUCUGUAAAGUUGAAAUUGUGCCAAUCCAGAAUGUUGACACUUGAUUGUUCAA